CUUCUCCAUACCCUCUGUUUCCUACCAUUAUGUAGCAGAUGUGUAGCAAAUGUGUAGAUCCCGUGCAGUUCUUUUAACAGCUGGCGCAAGAAAAUAACUAUAAAUUGCAGUGGAAAUUGUAGACAAAAUGAUAGAAAUAACUUGCAACGAUCGACUGAGCAAGAAGGUGCGCGUCAAAUGCAAUCCGGACGACACUGUUGGAGACUUGAAGAAACUUAUAGCGGCACAGACGGGCACAAAGCACGAGAAGAUUGUCCUGAAGAAGUGGUACACAAUCUACAAGGAUCCCAUCCGCCUAUCUGAUUGUACGUCAUUGAAUAGUGCAUUUGCAUACCUGCAUUUGCAGGUCCUGGUUCGCCCAUCUCCCAGUCCUCCCUAGAUGGGAUUGAUACCUGGAAGGGCGUCGAGAGGUGA